AUGUCGGAACACCAAGACCCUGCUAUUUCUGCAGAACUUCGGGAUUGGCUAUUUGCCACCAUUGCGGAGUCCAUUCCCAAAGCUCUGGCAGCUUAUCAUGAGCAAUCUGCUACAGAGGUUCAUCCCUCUACACACCAGCCCUCUGACUCUGAGGAUUCCCAUUUUUCAGACCAAGAAAGUGCCCCGCGCAAAAGACCCUGGAAAGGGAAUAGCGCUACUGCGGGCAAAG